AUGGAUAUGCGGACGGUCACCUCUGAGAGGCCUCGGCACUUGAAGGAUAACUCGACUUCCAUCGGCUUCGAUACUGAAACCAGCCGAGAUGAAUUUAGGAUCGCCGAUGCUCAGCAACAAGUACAAAGCCUUACCGGUCUGGCGUGGUCACACAGCAAUGAGGCGUCAAACGACUUCCGAUCCGAUUUUUUUACCAAGCCUACAUUGCCCAUGCUCGAAGCCAUCGUCACUACAUCCCUUGGAGAUGGUGACAUGGAUGAAGACACGACGACGAAUUCCUUCCAGGGCUAUGUUGCUGGUUUGGUAGGCCACGAAGCCGCUCUCCUUGUGGUCUCGGGCACUAUGGGUAAUCAGGUCGCCCUCCGAUCCGCUCUCGGGACCCCGCCCCACUCAAUCCUCGCCGACCAUCGAGGCCACAUUAUCAUCCUUGAAGCUGGUGGAGCGUCGAGCCUUUGUGGCGCCUUGAUCAAAAUGGUCGUUCCGUCUAACGGCCAUCACCUCACCCUAGACGAUAUCAAGAAACACAGCACUAUUACAGAAACCAUCUACGACUGCCCAACCCGGGUUAUCUGCUUGGAGAACACACUUUGGGGUACUGUUAUGCCCCUCUCUGACAUUCGCGCCAUCUCCCAAUGGGCACAUGCCCAGGAACCCCCAAUUCAUAUGCAUCUGGACGGAGCUCGCCUUUGGGAAGCUGUUGCCGCUGGGGCUUGUACCCUCCGCGAGAUUGGCGAAUGCUUUGACAGCAUCCAGCUGUGUUUCACAAAAGGUCUUGGUGCACCCAUUGGGAGUAUCAUAACCGGGAACCCCGUCUUCAUCAAACGCGCAAAAUGGGGUCGUAAGCUUCUCGGUGGCAGCACCCGCGCUUCUGGUGUGAUUGCCGCACCGGCCAGGGUAGCCAUCGACGAUGUUUUCUUCGGCGGGAAGUUGAACGCAGCGCAAGACAAGGCGAAACGCGCCUCGGCACUUUGGCAGCGGCUAGGUGGGAAACUUCUGAUACCCACCGAGACAAAUAUGAUUUGGCUCGACCUGGAAGCUUCUGGCUUGACACCUGAGGAGUUUUAUCCCGUAGCUACCAAGUUCCAUCUGAAAGUGGGCGAACCGAUUCUUGGGCGCCUUGUCUUUCACUAUCAGAUCACCGAUGAGACAUUUACAAGGCUUUGCGAUUUCUUCAGUCACGUUCUGAAAGAUAGGGGCUCUCAAGCUAUUUGCAACAUUGUACAUUAA